AUGCAUCCUAGCGCUCUCCAGCAGCGCGAUGAUCCCACGGAGCAGUUCCUCAAACUCAUCUCGAAUCCCUUUCAAUCUGCCUUCCAAGUCAACGCCAUCUGGGCUUCCUUAGCCACCUCCGCAGGCUUCUCGAUCCUCCUCGCCUUACUGUUCUCCCUCUUCCGCCCUCGUCACUCGGUUGUCUAUGCGCCCAAGGUCAAACAUGCCGAUCACAAACACACCCCGCCCCCGGUGGGAAGGGGAUUCUUCGCCUGGCUCAAGCCUGUCCUGCGUACCAAGGAACCCGCCCUGGUCGAUUGCGUAGGCCUCGAUGCGACCAUGUUCAUCCGCUUCACCAAAAUGUGUCGGAACAUCUUUAUCAUUCUGAGCGUGAUCGGUUGCGGCGUCAUGAUCCCACUCAAUCUCACACAGAGCACGGGAGAUACGGUUUCACAAUUCGGGGCAUUCGCUACGAUGACCCCGCUCUACGUCACCACCGACGCCAUUUGGGGUCAAGUCUUCUGCGCCUGGGCAUUCGAUAUAAUUGUUGCUUUCUUUCUCUGGAGGAAUUACCAGGGUGUGUUGAAGCUACGGAGGAAGUACUUUGAAAGCCCCGAAUAUCAGCGCAGUCUUCAUGCGAGGACUUUAAUGAUCACCGAUAUGCCCCCAGCCGCUCGAUCGGACGAAGGCGUUUUACGUCUGACGGAUGAGGUGAAUCCGACUGCUGCCGUCCCACGAGCUUCUAUCGGCCGCAACGUCAAGGGACUACCCCGCCUGAUCAAGGAACACGACGAAACGGUGCGCGAACUCGAAGCCGUCCUGGCCAAGUACCUCAGGCGUCCGGAUCGGCUUCCCGCGAAACGUCCGACCAUGCGCCCUCCCCGAAAGGAAAGAGACGAACACUCAGGUGGCAACGUGGAUGCCAUUGAUUAUUUGACGGACAAGAUCAGAAGGCUGGAAGAAGAGAUCAAGCACGUUCGGGCAUCCAUUGACAGGCGGAAUGCCAUGCCCUUUGGCUUCGUCAGUUGGGAUAUGAUUGAGCAUGCCCAUGCCGUUGCGUAUACCGCGCGUAAAAAACACCCGGAAGGAACAACAAUUGUUCUGGCACCACGGCCGGACGACCUCAUCUGGGAAAACCUCCCGUUGUCGAAGUCUGCCCGCAAAUGGAAGCAAUUUCUUAGUGCCAUCUGGGUGACGCUCCUCACGCUGGUGUAUGUCGUACCCAACGGCUUGAUUGCGAUCUUCUUGUCCAAUUUGUCCAAUCUGGGCCUGGUCUGGCCGGCUUUCCAGACAUCGCUUAAUAAUAGUCCUUACAUCUGGGCUGCUGUCCAGGGUAUCUUGUCCCCAGCCGUGACCUCUCUCGUCUAUAUCAUUCUGCCUAUCCUCUUCCGUCGGCUGGCGAUCCGGGCCGGCGACGUCACUAAGACCUCCCGAGAGCGCCAUGUUCUCAGCAAACUCUACUCGUUCUUCGUUUUCAACAACCUGAUCGUUUUCUCUUUGUUCUCUGCAGCGUGGACCUUUGUCUCCGCCGUUAUCGAUGCAGAAAACAAAGAUGAAAACGCCUGGCAAGCGCUCAGGGAUGGGGCCUUCUAUACGAAAGUUGUAAGCGCCCUGUGUCAGGUAUCGCCAUUUUGGGUGACCUAUUUGCUGCAGCGGAACUUGGGAGCCACUAUCGACUUGGUUCAAAUGAUCACGGUUUUUUGGGUCUGGUUCUCCAAGACUUUUCUCUCGCCCACGCCUCGCCAGGCUAUUGAGUGGACGGCCCCGCCGUCUUUUGAAUAUGCCAGUUACUAUAACUACUUCCUGUUCUAUGCAACUGUGGCUCUUUGCUUCGCGACCUUGCAGCCGAUCGUUCUCCCAGUCACCGCCUUGUAUUUUGGCCUGGAUGCGAUGAUGAAGAAGUACAUGUUGCUAUAUGUCUUCGUGACCAAGACAGAGUCCGGGGGUCAGUUUUGGCGGGUUUUGUUCAACCGCAUGGUUUUCGCCAUGAUCCUUUCCAACAUAGUCAUUGCGUUUGUUGCCACGGCCAAGGGCACGUGGAACAUGGUUUAUUGCGUGGUCCCUCCCCCCUUCCUGAUGCUAGCCUUCAAGUUCUACUGCAUGAGAAAGUUCGACGCCGACAUCACGUACUACAACCGCGCAAACCUGACGGAUGCCGAGGCCCUGGCGGUCAGCAAGCCAAACAAGAAGGCCUCAGAACGGCUCAACUCCAAAUUCGGCCACCCGGCUCUCUAUAAACCGCUAAUUACGCCGAUGGUGCAUGCCAAGGCAGCGGAGGCAUUGAAGGCUAUCUACCGCGGACGGCUGGGGACCUUCGAGGGUGAAGGCGAUUACUCGGACAUCGCCAUGGAUACCAUGUCGUCUUCGCAACCGGGUAAGUCCAUGAUGGACAAUGCAGGGUCCUCGGCACCGUUCGAAGUGGUCCCGGAGAACCAUCUCGAUUUCUCAUACUACAAGGACCGUCCUGAUUUCCGGGACGAGUUCGGUGGUGGGAUCUACGGCCGGCCCGACGAUCUGAUGACCGAACGCUCGCAGACACCGCACAGUGCGCUGGGCGAGUGGUCGCCAACCUCCUCGCGGGCGUCGUCUCCGGCCCCGUCGCUGCCGUCGCUGUCCGGCUUGAAGCCGCAUGACCCGUACGACCCGACGGCGAACGAUCACAUCCACCCGGCCUUCCGCGUGCCGGCCCCGAUGGGAGGCGGAAUCUACCAUCAGCGGAAUGAGAGCGAAACAGGGCUGCUCAAUCAUGCGCAAGGCCCGGCGGUGAAUGAGACGGUGACGCCGUUGGACCGGUGGCGGACGAGGGGUUAUGGACCUGUAGAGCAGGACGACCCCGGCUUCACCUCUUACGAACACUACCGGAUGGCACGCUAG